ACAGAGUUGUAUGUACAUUGAGAGCUUCUCAUACAUACAUUUCUGAGAAGUAGAAAAAAAUCUGAAAAUCAAGAGGUUGAGUACGAAGGUGGAGAAGCUUGUACGCAUAUCAUCAUCAUCAUCAUCAUCAUCGUUAUGCCUAUGGCUGCUUCAACUUCAACAACCUCUUCUCUCACUAAUCUCUCUCUUCCACAUCAUCAUCAUCAUCGUCAUCACCGCCACUCUCCUUCUUCAAUCUCCACUCGAUUCCGUUCUAACCGUUUCUUCUUAUCUUCUUCUUCUCUCUCUUUCUCUUCUCCUCAACGUGAAAGAAGAGUUGUUUAUGGUGGAUUAGGUUUACGGCGGAAUAAACCAGAUGUUUGGAAACACUAUUCUUCGCUGCUUUCUCCACCGGCGGCGGCACCGUUCCAGCAAAGUUGUGCCUCUUGCUGUCUUGCUUCCACAAAGAAACGCCGUUCGAGUCUUGCGAGAUUUGUUCCUGGCGCUUUUUUUGAUAAUUCUUCUAUUGGAUUAUCUAAGGAUAAGCUUCGUCAUGGUUAUGUUAAGAGGGUUCAAGUUCCACAUGCAACUGUUGGUCCAGAUGAGCCACACGCCGCAAGCACAGCCUGGCCUGAUGGCGUUGCUGAAAAACAGGACUCAAGUUUGUUUGAUUCUGAACUGGAAAGGCUAGAGGAGUUUUUGGGUUCUGAACUUCCAUCUCACCCCAAGUUGCAUCGAGGUCAACUAAAGAAUGGGUUGCGUUAUUUGAUUCUGCCAAAUAAAGUUCCACCAACUAGGUUUGAAGCACACAUGGAAGUUCAUGCAGGAUCAAUAGAUGAAGGGGAUGAUGAGCAAGGAAUUGCACAUAUGAUUGAACAUGUUGCUUUCUUAGGAAGUAAAAAACGUGAGAAGCUUUUGGGAACAGGAGCCCGCUCAAAUGCUUAUACAGAUUUCCACCAUACAGUGUUUCACAUCCAUGCUCCUACCACCACCAAGGAUUCUGAUGAUCUCCUUCCAUCUGUUCUGGAUGCCCUGAACGAGAUAGCCUUCCAUCCAAAGUUCCUUUCAUCUAGGAUUGAAAAAGAACGGCGUGCUAUACUCUCAGAGCUUCAAAUGAUGAACACUAUAGAGUAUCGAGUUGAUUGCCAGUUGUUACAACAUUUACAUUCUGAAAACAAGCUGAGCAAAAGGUUUCCAAUUGGAUUAGAAGAACAGAUAAAGAAGUGGGAUGCAGAAAAAAUAAGAAAAUUUCACGAGCGUUGGUAUUUCCCUGCAAAUGCUACUUUGUACAUUGUGGGGGAUAUUGAUAACAUCCCAAAGACUGUUGGCCAGAUUGAAGCUGUUUUUGGGCAAACUGGUGUAGACAAUGAGAAAGGUUCUGGAGCCACUCCAAGUGCAUUUGGUGCAAUGGCUAGUUUUCUAGUUCCUAAGCUGUCUGUUGGUCUAGGUGGAAAUUCUAUUGAAAGAUCAACAAAUACCUUGGAUCAAUCAAAAGUAUUUAAUAAGGAAAGACAAGUUGUUCGUCCUCCUGUGACGCAUAAUUGGUCACUUCCUGGAAGCAGUGCAAAUUUGAAUCCACCACAAAUAUUUCAACACGAGUUGCUUCAAAACUUUUCAAUUAAUAUGUUCUGCAAGAUUCCAGUCAAUAAGGUCCAAACAUACAGAGAUUUGCGUAUUGUCUUGAUGAAAAGAAUAUUUUUGUCAGCUCUUCAUUUUCGUAUUAAUACAAGAUAUAAGAGUUCAAAUCCACCAUUCACUUCAGUUGAAUUGGAUCAUAGUGAUUCUGGAAGAGAAGGAUGUACUGUGACUACUCUUACCAUAACUGCAGAACCAAAGAAUUGGCAAAAUGCUAUUAGAGUUGCUGUUCAUGAGGUUCGCAGACUUAAAGAAUUUGGUGUUACUCAGGGUGAAUUAACUCGUUAUCUAGAUGCCCUUCUGAAAGAUAGUGAACACUUAGCAGCCAUGAUUGAUAAUGUAUCUUCUGUUGAUAACUUGGAUUUUAUCAUGGAAAGUGAUGCUCUAAGCCAUAAAGUUAUGGACCAGAGACAAGGGCAUGAAAGUUUGCUUGCUGUUGCUGGGACAGUUACCCUUGACGAGGUUAAUUCUGUUGGUGCUGAGGUGUUAGAAUUUAUAGCUGAUUUUGGGAAGCCUACCGCACCCCUUCCUGCAGCAAUUGUUGCUUGUGUUCCCAAAAAAGUUCAUAUCGAAGGAGUUGGUGAAACAGAGUUUAAGAUAUCAUCCACUGAAAUUACAGAUGCUAUCAAAGCUGGAUUGGAUGAUCCUAUAGAACCAGAACCUGAGCUUGAGGUUCCAAAAGAACUUGUACCAUCAUCAAAUCUACAAGAGUUAAAAGAGCAGCGCAAGCCAACCUUCAUUCCAGUAAGUCCUGAAACAGAUGCUACAAAGCUCCAUGAUGAGGAAACUGGAAUCACCCGGCGCCGCCUUGCAAAUGGAAUUCCUGUCAACUAUAAGAUAUCUAAAAGUGAAACUCAAAGUGGCGUGAUGCGGCUGAUUGUUGGUGGUGGACGGGCAGCUGAGAGUUCCGAUUCAAAAGGAUCUGUGAUAGUGGGUGUCAGGACACUUAGUGAGGGAGGUCGUGUUGGCAACUUCUCAAGGGAGCAGGUUGAACUUUUCUGUGUUAAUCACCUGAUCAAUUGCUCCUUAGAAUCAACGGAGGAGUUCAUAUCUAUGGAGUUCCGUUUUACUCUACGGGAUAAUGGGAUGCGUGCAGCCUUUCAAUUGCUUCACAUGGUGCUUGAGCAUAGUGUCUGGUUAGAUGAUGCUUUUGAUCGAGCAAGGCAAUUGUAUCUGUCAUAUUACCGAUCCAUCCCCAAGAGCUUGGAACGCUCGACUGCUCACAAACUUAUGGUAGCAAUGUUGGAUGGAGAUGAGCGAUUUACUGAGCCUACACCAAGUUCACUAGAGAAUUUAACUCUGCAAUCUGUUAAGGAUGCUGUAAUGAAUCAGUUUGUUGGAGAUAACAUGGAGGUAUCCAUUGUAGGUGACUUCACUGAGGAGGACAUUGAAUCAUGUAUUCUAGACUAUCUUGGCACAGCCCAGGCCACGAGAAACUUUAAAAGCGAGCAAGAAUUCAUCCCACCUUCGUUUCGAUCAUCUUCAUCCGGUUUGCAGUUUCAAGAAGUUUUCUUAAAUGAUACUGAUGAGAGGGCGUGUGCUUAUAUUGCUGGGCCUGCACCAAACCGUUGGGGUUUUACUGUUGAUGGAAAGGACCUUUUAGAGACUAUUGAUAAUGCAUCAUCAGUCAAUGAUAAUGGGACAAAAUCUGAUGCUGUACCAACAGAAGGUGGCCUACAAAAAAGCCUCCGUAAUCAUCCUCUUUUCUUUGGUAUAACAAUGGGACUGCUUUCUGAAAUUAUAAAUUCUAGGCUCUUCACAACAGUCAGAGAUUCACUGGGGUUGACAUACGACGUGUCAUUUGAAUUAAACUUGUUUGAUAGGCUUAAACUAGGGUGGUAUGUGAUCUCCGUAACAUCAACUCCAAGCAAGGUGCACAAAGCUGUUGAUGCAUGCAAGAAUGUUCUUAGAGGUCUGCAUAGCAACAGAAUUACGGACCGGGAAUUGGACAGGGCUAAACGAACCCUUCUUAUGAGACAUGAAGCUGAAAUUAAGUCAAAUGCAUACUGGUUGGGAUUGCUUGCUCACUUACAAGCGUCUUCUGUUCCAAGGAAGGACAUAUCAUGUAUCAAGGACCUAACUUCUCUGUAUGAAGCUGCUACUGUUGAGGAUACAUACCUUGCAUAUGAACAGUUGAAAGUGGACGAGGAUUCUCUAUAUUCAUGCAUUGGGGUUGCUGGUGCUCAGACUGCACAAAAUAUAGAAGUUCCUAUAGAAGAGGAAGAAGCGGGUGAGGGUUAUCCAGGUGUUCUUCCUAUGGGAAGAGGUUUAUCUACAAUGACACGGCCUACUACCUAAUUUUUUUGGAUGACAGUGUUGGUCUGGUUUGCUUUAAGACCUGGGGAGGAGCCAUGUCUGGAAGUUUAGUUACAGGUCAUGGUUCAAUGAAUUGGCAGCAUAUGUAUUACACAAGAAACUACUGGAUUGAUUUAAAACAUUCAAACAAGUUAACAUUCAAGCUGUUCCAUCAACCUAAGAAGUGGUUCUUGGCUUGUGAUUAAUUGAUUUCCUUAAUCAUCCUUUUAUGUUUAGUUGAACUGCUAGUAAAAUGUUAUUGCUGCUUAUACUUUUAUAGGAUUAGAUUAAAGAAAAUAUAGAAUACGCUACAGAUGUAUAGGUGCCAUUUUUUAAUGUUGGUCAUAUUGUUUUUGGAGGAAAACUCUGAUCAUGUCUCUUUGCGUUGGUAAUUAGCCCAACUUAAAUUGUAUAUCAUUGUUUCCUUGUUUGUAAAAUUAGUCUUUGCUACACAUUACUCUGUCUGUCACCAUCUAUAUGGGGAAAUUCUAUAACCAUUUUACA